AUGUCUACGGCAGCGUCAGCAGCAUCCGAGUCGCAACGGCCGCCAGCAUCGUCCGCACAACGAACACAAGAGGCCAAAGAUGCAUUUACGGCUUCACUGAACGCUGUUGGAGCCAGCAUUGAUGCCGAGUUGCACGCUCGGGCAAAAAACAUCCACGCCAAUGCAAAGGCUCUAACAAAGCAAGAGGAUGACGUGCGGAAGGAGACAAAAGCCCUGGCCAAAGAGAACGAUUCUUUGCAGAAGCUGCUCGACAAAACCAGCAAAGAGGUGCAGAGUUUGGGUGACUUGGACGAUAUCAUGGCGAACCUUGACGCGGAUAUGGCCAUGAUUGAGGAAACCCUCCGACUGGUUGAAGAAGAGGAAGACGAACGUUCUCAGAAGAGCAACGUGUCGGGAACCAACAACUGA